GCCUUAACCAACUAGCUUUAAUGAUAUAAUGACUGUAGGGUUACAGUACAUCUAUAGUACUGUGGACAAGUUGACUUCUAUGACGACCUUUUCACUGCAAUAAGAAACUCACUCGUUGCAAACAUGUAACCGUGACUGCAUAUGAUCGAACGUUUGCGUUAACUGAGCAGUCUCAAUGAUACAAUGACUAUAGGGCCACAGUACUUCUAUCGACGUUGUAAAAACCCCCCAGUCGGCCGUCCAUCAAAUCCUCCCACAUCACGCUUCUCCAAAAUCAGUUGCCUUCAUUAGACAUCCUACCUUAAUAUGCGCUUCAAUCUCGGCGGGCUGGCGCUUCUGGCGGCAGUCACCUUCUGCGCAGCUGAUGCGAGUACCUCUCCGUCAUGUCAAGACCGCACCAAGUACACACUCGAUCGCGUCGUUCCCUCCAAGGACCAGACGAGCGGCACCAUUAAGUGUUGUCCUGAAGGAACCGAGUUCGACGGCAAGACAUGCUCCAUAGCUGUGGCCAAAUGCCCAGAUGGUACCAGACGCGACGGCGACAGAUGCAUUUCCCAUGAGCCUCCUACCUGCAAGGGCCCCUACAAACCGGUCGACGGGGAGUGUGUGACAGAGGCGAAUCCGACAUGCGAGCCUCCCACGGAGUACCACAAUGGACACUGUGUCAUCCAGAACGCCUCGUGUCCGUUCGGAUUCCACCAAGAGGGCAAGGUCUGCGUGUCUCGCAAGACUCCGCGCUGUGGGCCCAACGAGCAUUUCAACGACCAUGCGUGUGCCAGCGAUGACGGUCCGACGUGUGAGAAUGGCGCCAAACAUGUCAAUGGCAAAUGUGUGGACUACGAAAAGCCUUAUUGUGAAGGUGAUGCCACCUUUGACGAGACUCUGCGCAAGUGCUUGUCGAACAUCAAGCCUACCUGUCCAGAGGGCUUCACCCCGAAGAACGGCCAGUGUGUGUCGAAGCACGAGCCCUACUGCAAUGUCGGCACCUACAAUCGCAAAACACAGACCUGCGACAAUGUCAAGGAGGAGCCCGAGUGCCCGGAUGGAACGAGACCCCAAGGCAAGCACUGCGUGCAGCGCGAUCCGCCCACCUGUCCCCAGGAAGGCUUUGUUCUUUCUACCAACUCUUAUGAUGGGAGUACACGCUGCUGCCCCCGCGGCAUGGGCUGGACUGGCAGUGUAUGCAGCACGAAGCCUAUUGACGGUAAAUGUCCAGACGGCUCCGCGCCCAUCAAGGGCUGGUGCCACUCCUCAGUCCACCCCCAUCCGACAUGCCCAGAUCAAUACACGCUUGACAAGUCCCGCACGCAUUGUGUGUGGAAGUCCGUUCCCAAGUGCCCCGGGAACUCUAUUCCCGAGCACGGAAAAUGUGUGGUCAAGACAGGCCGCGAGUGUCCUGAUGGUUCUGUCCCGGACGGCGACGAGUGCGUCUUCCCUGAUCCCCCGGUUUGCAAGGGAGACCACACAAGGCUUGUCGACAACGUUUGCUACGAUACCAGGGAGCCUAAGUGCGGUGAAAACGCGAGCUGGGAUAACGAGCACUGUGUGUCAGACAAAGACAUAGCCUACUGUAAGGAAGGGGUGCUGCAGUACGGGGACUGCGUGACGCGCGGUCGACCAACCUGUCACGAAGGCACACACAUCCACGGCAAGCACUGUAUCAGCGAUGAGAUCCCCCAGUGCAAAGAAGGUGUCCUCAACGACGACGGAACCUGCACGACUUCUGUCACGCCUACUUGCCCCGAUGGCAGCAGGCUGCACGGUGGCAAGUGUGUCGGCGGCAGACCUUCUUGCUCAACUGGCUUCCACCUCAACAACGAGCACUGCGAGUCGAACGAGGGCCCCGACUGUAACAACGGCUUCAGAUACGUCAACGGCAAGUGUCGGCGCAUUUCAGAAGAGGACUGCGGGGACGGAUAUAACCUGGUCAACGGCGACUGUAUCUCAGUGGAGGAGCCCAAGUGCGGUGAACUACGGUUCAACGGCACCGCGUGCGUUGGUGAGCAGGCCCGAUGCCCCCAGGGGACGUAUCCCGACGGCAACGACUGCGUGUCCCUGUCGGAGCCCUCGUGCCCUACCGGGUUCAAGCCGCACAACGGCCGCUGUGUCUCUGUCACGGUCACGCCGAAGUGCCCUGAUGGGACCAGGCCAGACCCGGACACCCAGGAUUGUGUCUCAAUCACGAAGCCCGUCUGUGCCUCCGACCUCGAGGUGUACUCCAAUGGGCACUGUAUCCUGGGCAGUGGCGGCUGUGUUGACUUUCAGUAUUGCUCUACCGUGCGCGAAGGAACCACUCACCACGAUAGGCACGGCGGUUCCUCCUCGGGAACCAUUAACUUUGGUAACAACCACGGUGGCUCGUCUGGGGGGGCAAUCAACGGGGAUCGGAAGCAUGGUGGCUCAUCUGAGGGGACCAUUAACACGGACAAAAAGCACGGUGGCUCGUCUGAAGGGACACUUAACCUCUAAUAGAACCAUGCAAUCCCCAGGUAAGGGGCCAAGCGGAAGCUUUCGCUCAGACUGUCUACUUGCAAUCCUGCCAAUGACCUUCGUGAUCAUCCUCUAUGUAUCCAAGUAGACUAGAUGAAUAUAUAUUUUCCGAC